UCGAGUGAGUGGCGACAAAGCACGUGGGCGCUCACACGCACACGCGCGAGGCGACAGCGGCAAUGGCUAGCUGUACCUUAACUGCACCGUUGACGAUUAGUUGAAUCUUACAUACAACAUACCAGUCACCAAUGUAAGAUCGGUUACGGACCGCUUCCAACAACAAUAUAAUGACACCAUUAAAGUAUUUGUGACAAAUAACUUGUGACGGUGUGGAGGGUGCAGGUGGGCGCUUGCGCGACUAUGUGUGCCGCAUCAGCGAGGUACAGCGGCAAAACGAAGUAUGCGGCGGACUUGGUGCGGCGCUUACGACUUUAUAAUGAGUGAGUGCACACGACGGCCGCCCGCUGACCGGCGGCCGGCGACUCGCGGCUCAGUGACCCCCGCACCCGCCACCAAACAACGCCGCCGCUUCGGCUCGGACACACGCGUACAACGACGCCGUGGAGUUCUCACAGCGAUGUGACGCGCCAUGCCUGCCAUGCAAACCAGCGACGAAGACGGCGGCGCCUUCACUGUCAUUAACAAUGAAGGCGAGACGCACGAGACCACGGCCCCCGACGACGCUCCGCUGCCGCGCAACGUCAACGUGGUAAAGCCGGUGCGCCGCGCCGACGACCAGCGCGAGCACUUCAACAGCGCGUGCACACGCCUGCCACCGCCGGCCCCUGCGCCUGCUGCGCCACCUGGACCAGCGCCGCGUACAAUACUUGAUCCUAAAUUUUCCCGCGCUCUUGACUUCAAAUUGCGUAGACUCAAAGAAAAGGAGAUUCUACAAGCGAACCUUCGUCGGCCGACGCGCUACAAACCACGAAACGGUCUCGCAGCCUCCUCGAUCCCUAACAUAAGCUGCAAGGAGCGCGUGUCCGUCGUCAAUAUGAGUCGUUCGCACCCAAGGAUUGACGUCAUAGCCCCGCCCGAAGACGCUUCGUUGAAUAUGGAUAAGACGCCAUCGCCUGCACGACGGGCACGCGGUCAGCUUACCACGCGAAGUUCUCUGGAUAGUGAUAAGCCUCGUUUCGUGACAACAGUUAAGUCGGGGCAGUUUUUGUUGCCACCUCCGGAAGUAGCAACUCUACUUGGGUUGGAAACGUUGUAUCCGCCACAAGAGAGAGAAAAGAUAGUUUAUUCAUACGCGAGCAAACCCAAAGCUUUAGCUUCACGUUCAAAGCACUCACCGCCGGAGCCCAAGAAAGAGAUGAUUCCCAACGGCGUGGUGUCGAGCGGUACGGGAGCGGCGCGACGAGCGCACCCAGGCGGGAUCGGCGGUGCGCUGGGCGGCGUGCGCGCGCUCGUGGCCGGCGUCGUGGGGCUGCGCCACCUACAGCACGCGCACUCCACCGACACCCAGCGCAGCGGGAGCGUGACGACGCCGGCGCCGUACUCCAACGUGAUGCACGAGCGGCGCGUGGUGCGCGGUGCCACCUUCGCCUCGCAUCCGCCGCACGCCGCCGCUGUGAGUACACAGCCUUAUAAUGACACCUCUGUCUAG